CGAACACUUCGCCGUCAAGAUAGCUUCUGAAAGUUCACAUUUCCUAAUUGCCCUAUUCUCAACGUCGGGGAGCAUCAGCAUCGAGGAGCUUCUCUUCUUGUAAUAUCUUUUUUCCUAUAGACUGCUGUGCUGGCAAGAUUGCCGUCUUGCCGUUUUCCCAUUCUUUGUCGGCUUGAAGCUGGUCUUGGGACUCGCGCACCCUCCUCCCCCCACUCCCCCAUUUCCCCGGUGCCGCGGCUUUUUUUAUCAUCGAACAAUGACUAUCUACAGCGCUGUUCCACCUCCGCCUGAAUCGCCGCCGGCAGCGACGGCUUCCAACGUGCAUCACAAGCACCAGCUAUCGAAUGCAUCCACGGCAACCGUCGACAUCGAGGCCUGGACCGUCUCGGCUCUCGAGGCCCUCAGCGUCUCCCCCAUUGCCCGGGGCACAGGCAAUCCCUUGUCAAUUCCCCUCGACGGCCACGGCAACUCUCAACCCCCCAUCACCUCGGCCGGUGAUGCCGCUCCCCGGAUGAAGCUGCGCAACGUGACCCUCGACGUCGACACCGGCGGCGCGACCAUCACCCCGCCCCGCCGUCCGCCGUCGCGUCGCGACAGCAUGCACCGCCGCGAUGCGCUCCUCAAAGGCAAGGAGGGCAGCCGACAGCGGCGGCGCUGGGAAAACGACCGACUCGUCCACAUCCCCAACGUAGAGCCACCGCUCCCCGCCGACUGGAACGUCGGCCCCACCCACCCGGUCCACCACGUCCCCUACCAGCUGGCCCAGUUCUGGGACAAGGGCCUGCGCGAGCGCGUCGAGGAGCGCAAGGCCGCCUUUUCGUCGCGCCGCAGGGCGGGGACGGGGGCUGGCAGCACCGGGGCGGCGGCGGCGGCGGGCCGCGUCCCGCGCGACCUGCGCGCCACCGCCAAGCGCACCCCCGCCGUCAAGGGCUGGCUGCGCGUGCUGGAGGAGCCUGUGCGGCGGUUCAUGGUCGAGCGCGGCGUCGCUGUCGAGUGUGCGUCUGCGUCUGCUGCUGCUGCUGCUGCUGCUGCUGCUGAGGAGGCCCGGGGAUUGGAGGACAAUGCGGACUCGGAUGACGAGCAGAUCGUCUUCGUGGGCAGGAACCGCGGCUCGAGGGGCGGCGGGAGGAAGGCCGCCCCAGGUGGUGGCGACGUGGGGCAGGUCAUGUUGCUUGAUUUGCCGUGCGACGAUGAGAGCGCGGCUUUCAAGCGCUGGCUUACUCACUCCAUCUCCGGUUACUACGGUCUCGAAUCCACCUCGGUGUCGAUUGGGAGCCCGGCGAGGAGGGUCGUGUACAUCGGCAUCAAGCACCUUCGGCGCAGCUUGCCUGCCAGACUGGAGCUCCCGCGACCGCUCUGGGAACUGUUUUGAAUCGCCUCUAACCACAUCUUGUACACAUUUGGGGACUGUAGACAAAAAUAUUAAAAGUUCUGUCUUUG